AUGGAUGUGAUCUUUGCUUCAAUCUCUUUAUCAUUGAGCUUCACUGACCAACCCACAAAGGCAAGUUCUCAUCUUCAAACAAAGUUGAAUAGAGCCAUCCAAUGGCAAACCGGAAUUUCUUCAAACCGGGACAUCAACAUGGAACAUAUAUGUAUCUGGCUGAGACUCUUGAAAUCCGUCUCAGCGAGUAAAGGGUUUUCUGAACUUAUUCCUCAGCUGACCACAAGCAGCACUCGCAUCAGGCCUUCUCGUUUGCCUCAGGCUUGCCGCUUAUUUGUAAAGUCGCUUGCGCUCAUCCGCUAUGGGGUUAUAAGGUAUCAAAUUUACGUGAUAAAUUUUACCCCAUUCACUGAGUAG